AGAGAUCACGUAGCUCAAUCUAUGACUAACGCUGUCUGCCAGGUAUCGCGUUCCGGGUAGGCUAACCGCUCAUGGACACCAAACGCAAGGCGUUCCAGCUGGGCGCCACAUGCUCCAGCCUCCCCAAGCAAUUGGGGUGGCAGUGACCGUGGCAGUGGCACCCGACAUGGCCAUAGCCCCCAGAGAGCUACGUAGCUCGAGCACCACCACUCCCAGUCGCUGCCGAACCAGCAUCUUAGCAAGCAAGCAGCACGACGACAUGCCCUUGGGGCCGACCAAAACACCAAACGCCCCUUGAUGACCGACCCGACCUGAGCCCACAUGGACCGCGGCAAUGGCGCCGGUCCUCCUGGAGGUCCCAGCAGGGCCGAGCGAUUCGAGGACGAGAAGCGGCGCAUCAUCGAGACGUGCUUCAACAAGAAGGACCCCGACGGCUCCCUCCAGGAGACCUACAUCACACACAUUCGCAUCGUCGAGUUCUCGUCCCACCCGGCGUCACCACCGCCCGCCAACGCGCGCGCCCCCGAGGCCGAGAAACCACGCGUCAUCAUCAUCGCGGUGCGCAAGUCCGGCCGUGUGCGCAUGCACAAGUCCAAGGAGAAUCCAAACGGGACCUACUCCAUUGGGAAGACGUGGAAUCUCGAUGACCUGACCCGGAUCGAGUCGUACACGGCGCCCAAUGUGCCAUGGGAGCACAGAGAAUCCGCGGGGGAGACGGGCUUCCUGGUCUCGCUCGGGAAGCCGUACUUUUGGCAGGCCCAGAGCGACAAGGAAAAGAAAUUCUUCAUUGCGUCCAUGAUCAAGAUCUACGGCAAAUACACGAGCGGAAAGGUGCCCGAGCUGGUAGGCUUCGAUCAGAAAGAGCUGGACCAGGUGCUUGGGGCUGGCAAGCGAUAUCCCCCUCCUCUGCAGCGGCAGCAGACCAACCAGACGUGGAGCGCCUCCUCCGUUGCGACAGCUGUCGCCCCUCCUUCUCUGCAGCGACAGCAGAGCAACCAGACAUUCGCCUCGUCCGCCGCGACAAUCGCGCCAGAUGCCUCGAGCCCAGUGCCCUCGGCCCUCACGCCAGGGCAACCCACAAGCCAGCCGCCCAGUCAAGGCCAGCCGCGCAGCCGCAGCCGCAGUCGUGGUCCCUCGCCUGGCCGCGGCCCGCCCCCAUCGAUCGCUGGUGAGCCACCCUCGAGGCCUCAGCAGUGGACGCCGCCGAUUCGAAACCCGGCUGGUGGUGAUGGGUCACCCGCCGGCAGCAUUGACUCUACCACCUCGAGAGAAAGACCUGGUAUCCGUCAUGGCAAUCCCAACAGCCGUAGCCAAGAGUCUGUUGCGAGGUCGUUCGUAACGACACGAAGCGAGGAUGUGCCCAGCAUACCACCACGCUCACGCAACGGGAUACAGGGCCCCGGUGCGUCUGGCCGCUUCGGGGAUCCGUCAGAGCCUCCCACGCAGCCUCUACCUACCCCCCCUCAGCAGGGUCAGGGUCCAUCUCAGCCACGAUCACAGUCAUCGCUAGCCGGGUCCAGGCCAAGGACCCCCCGUGAAGAGCAGCCCUCCGCACCUGAGCGUCGAAGGCCACCAAUGGACCCCACGCGUCCACAAGACCGUGAUCUGGUACCGCCACCUUUGUCGGCCAAGAGGGAUGUAGCUGGCAGAGAGUCUCCAGCGCGAGACACGCCACCACGAGCCUCGACACCUAAGGACCCGGUGGCACCCCCUCCGCGCAGUAGUGAGCGCAUGUCACCGAGGAAGGACUCCUUGAGCUACAGGCCCGGCACCGCGACUUCCCUGGCAAGCACAAUCCAGGACCGCAGCACUCCACCUCCAUCGUUCAGCCCGGCACCCAAGGCUGAGUCUCCUCGGCCAAGGGAGCCUGUGGCAUCACCGCCAGCACCAGUGACCUCGCCCGAGCCGGAGGGGGAAAACCCAGUCAAGACUGAGGCGUCAGCUCCUUCAACACCACUGAGCGAGCCCAUGUCACCACCAGAACCGCCGCCUGUGCCGGAAGAGGAAGCACGGCCUGGUCUUGGACCCAUGAUCAAAGCCAAGAGGUCAAAGGGUGAGAUUGCCGGCGCAUUCCGCAAAGCGGCGUCGGCUGCCGCCAUGGCCAAUGCAUUCAAGCCGCGCCCAGGAGGCGCUGGCGAGAGGCUGCGUCAAGCUGCGCAACAAAUGCAGAAUAAAACGUCCGACGAACCCGACGGCAUCACUGGCGUCGUCCCUGCGCCGCCGAAACCAGUAGUAGAGAGACCCAAAUCAAGAACCGAGCGCGAGGCCACUCCUGAGCCUGUCCCUCCCCCACGAGCACCGCAGCGUACCUCCAAGGUCCCCGAGGUCAAGAUAUCGGUGCCGACCUCCAGCAGCCGACCGCCAAGUCAGCAGGGCCCCGGCAAGGAACAGCCCAAGGAAGCUGUUGCAGUGCUAGAGCCCCAGCCACCAAAGCCCCCGCCGCGUAAGUCGCUGGUCGCCAGGCAAGACGCGAAAUACCUACAAAGCUUGGGCAUCGACCCGAUUGUCCUGGACGGUCGGAGUGAGGAGUUUGGGACCUGGCUUGACCACUUUGGCUGGAUCCCUGGCCAGCAGAUGCAGUCCUGCAACAUGGAGGAGAUGCAAUUUGAUUUGGAGCGUGAAAUCAACAAGGCCCAAGCUGGUGGUUGGCUGGCCCGCUUCCAGGAUGAAGACGACCGCGUCGACGCAAUCAAACUCGGGAUCGAUGUCGCCAUCUCCGAGUGUGAGGAGUUGGAUAACCUUCUGACCCUGUACUCGGUGGAACUAUCCACCCUGUCCGAGGAUAUUGCCUACAUUGAAGCGCAAGGUCAAGGUUUGCAGGUGCAGACGGCCAACCAGAAGCUGCUCAAGAAAGAGCUCGAAUCGCUCCUCGAGACAUGCGCCAUCACCAGCACGGAUCUCGACCCUCUACGCCUUGCGCCCAUCGACCACCUCCGCGGUCUGGAGGACGUUGAGCAGGCAUUGGUCACGUUGUACAGGGCCAUGGCCAAAAUGGACGGAGCACACAGUCUCAAGGCUAGUCCCACCACGGCUCCUGAUGGCAGUGGGCUCAAGUCGGACUUUGGCGAUAUGCGGAUCGUGCAGGAGAAGAAGGAGAUGUACAUCCAAGAGAGCUCCAGCUUUAUUCGUCGUCUACUUGAAUUCAUGCCUCAGCAGUACGACCAGGCAUUUGCCGAGACAAAGCGAGCCAUGGAGGGCGCCCUAUCGAAGAAGGCCGACGUAGCUCACCACGACGCGGGGCGAGACAUGCUGUGGCGGUACAAUCCUCUGAUGCUCUAUACUCGAUUCGCCGAGCGCGGCAGCUGGGACGCCCUGAUUGCCAUGUACCAGGAGAAGGGGGCGCCCAUUUACAAGAACGAGUUCUUGACGGUCAUUAUGAGCUGGAAGAAGAAUGCCCGCAAGAUAACCGGCGGGGAAGCCGAGCUCCUGUUCACGUCGCAGAGCGAGAAGCAACAGGAGAACGUGGCGACGGCGGCGAGAAAGGCAACCGUCAAGCGAAGCCAGACGCUGGCACGAGCCUGGCGAUCGCCUCUGGCCGAUGGCAACAGCAAGGGAGAGCGUGACAAGGCCGCCAACGAUGGGCGAAGCUUCCCUUACGAGGUGUUUGCCGGCGUGUUGGAUGACCUGCUCCCACUCGUCGAGAUGGAGCAGAACUUUAUCAUUGACUUUUUCCACGCCACGACACUCGAGCAAUCUGACUUUCCCGAUUGCGUGGCCGCCGUGAAGCCUCGCGACCGUCGCGGCGGUGACUUGAGGCGCCAUCGCUUGAUGGAGCCUGACCGCGACCUGGCCAAAAGGGUCACGCGCGCGAUGGAUGUCAUGUUUGCAUUCCUCGAUUCCGAGUUCACGAGGCUCAUGGAAUGGGUUAUUGGGCAGGACCCCAUGUACGUGCAAAGGAUGCUUCAUAUCGAUUUACACUAACUUUGUUGUUUAGGCAAGGCAUUGGUGUCAUUGUGACUGUGGAGAAGAAGCAGGCCGAGAUCUCCCAGUCUAACCAGGACUUCCUCAACACCAUCUUCCAGAAGCUGCACGGGCUCCUCAAGGGCCGACUACGCAAGUUUGUGGAUGACCAGGUUCGCGCGAUUGAGGAUACCAAGGUCAAGAUCAAGAAGCGCAAGGGUGUCAUCUCCUUUAUCCGCGUCUUCCCCAACUUCUCGACCGCCGUGGAGAAUAUGCUGGCGGGCGUCGAUACGACGCUGCCCAUCCGGAAGACGAUUGACAAUGAGUACGACCGCAUGCUCAAGUCCAUGUUUGACUCGCUCAAGGUCAUUGCGCGCGAGAAUCCCGCCGUCGGUGUCUCGACGGGUGGUGCGGAUCCCGAGGACAAGGAAGCGCUCAACUUCCACAUUCUCCUGAUUGAGAACAUGAACCACUUCCUCGAGGAGACGGAC